CUUAGGACGCGCGAGGCUAGUGUUUGUUGUCAAGUGAGAGCCACGUAUGAAGGGAGAUAAGAAUGUUUACGAUUUUUACCUCAAGAGUCCCGUAUGAAUGGAGAUAGGAUGUUUACGAUUGUAUCUUAUAUAGGUGUGCAGUCCGAGGAAAGAAGAGGAGUAACGUUUCGGUAACAUAUCCGGCACUGUUUCUGUCCAAGAGUUGUCUUAGAAGAAACACUGUCUGUUUGUGAUGACAGUGAGUUGUGCAAGUUGCCACCCAGCGAGAAGUGUAAGUUUUGUGGUCUUUGCAGCUGGAUUUCAUGGUUGAUAUUAUGUGGUCUUCGGAACAUUUGUCGGCGUGACAUGGUGCUCGACAGGGAUAUUGGCAUCGAACGUUUCCUUUCAGCUGUGGUGUUGUGUUAGUAACUGUCACCGAUCACAAUGCAGGACCUGACAAAAAUUAAGGAAGAACUCUCCAGCUACGGUCAGGGGCAUAUCCUACAGUUUUGGGAUGAACUGUCAGAUGCGGAAAGGACCGAACUUUUGACACAGUUGCAAGAAAUUGACAUUCCAGUGGCAAUAGAAUGUUUCAAAAAAACUUUAGCAGAAGAUCAAGCAAAAUUAGACGAUCGAAUGCAGCCAGUACCGGCAGAAUUUUACGGCAGCGUUCUUAGAACAAGUCCUGGUGAUCUUCAGAAGUUCGAGGACGAAGGUUUCCGGCAGAUAUCUGCUGGUAAGGUCGGUGUUUUGCUUUUAGCAGGUGGUCAUGGCACCAGGCUAGGUGUGCCUUACCCAAAAGGCAUGCACGACGUAGGGCUGCCAUCUCAUAAAUCGUUGUACCAGAUUCAGGCUGAAAGGAUACGGAGGCUGCAGAAGCUUGCAUUUGACAGAACUGGUGUGUACAAUCACAUUAUAUGGUAUAUUAUGACAAGUGAAGCUACAAUGCAGCCUACUCUGGAUUACUUUGACAGAAAUAACUAUUUUGGGUUGAAGAGAGAGAAUGUUGUCAUGUUCGAACAAGGUUUCCUUCCAAGCUUCACAUUUCAAGGGAAAAUAAUCAUGGACAAGAAAUAUAAACUAUCAAUGUCACCAGACGGAAAUGGAGGACUUUACCGUGCACUGAAAGAUAACAAAAUACUAGAGGAUAUGGAGAGAAGGGGUAUUAUGUACCUUAAUGCUCAUGGUGUGGAUAACAUCUUAAUUAAAGUAGCAGAUCCUAUUUUCAUUGGCUACUGUGUACUGAAGGGUGCAGAAUGUGGUGCAAAAGUAGUGGAAAAAGCAUUUCCAGAAGAACCUGUAGGUGUUGUUUGUCAGGUGGAUGGACGUUAUCAGGUUGUUGAAUAUAGUGAAAUAACAUUAAAGACAGCACAACAGAGAAAUGCUGAUGGUAACUUAACAUUCAGAGCAGGUAAUAUUUGCAAUCACUUCUUCACAACCCAGUUUCUUCGUAAAGUUGCAUUUGAUCAUGAAACUAACUUACAGUUACAUGUUGCAAAGAAAAAGAUUCCAUUUGUUGAUUCACAGGGAAAUUCCUGCAAGCCAGAAAAGCCAAAUGGUAUAAAAAUGGAGAAAUUUAUCUUUGAUGUGUUUCAGUUCACUGACAAAUUUGUAAUAUGGGAGGUGGAGCGAGAGAGAGAAUUCAGUGCUAUCAAAAAUUCAGAUGCUGCUCAGAAGGAUACUCCUACAACAGCGCGUAAUGAUCUUCUUGCCCUUCAUUGUUCAUAUAUUAAAAAUGCAGGGGGUAAAAUUUUAUAUAACACAGGUGACAAGCCCAUAUGUGAAAUUUCGCCCCUUCUGUCAUAUGCUGGUGAGGCAUUAGAAGAGGUUGUAGCCAACAAAGAAUUUACAUCUCCAUGUCAUUUGUGCUCUCCUGAUGAAUGUAACUCGGACUCUGUCACUGUGCAACAAAAUAAUUAUUGCUGAAAUGAAUUGUUUGUAUUAAUAGUGUGUGAACAUUCACAUUUUUCACUGGGCAUUUUUAGCAUUUUAUAUUGUCAGUUAGCCUUGAAGCACUGCUGUAAAUAUGAUAGUCACUGUUGUCAAGUUUUAUAUUUUAUAGUUUUGGUAAUAUUAUUUUAUUGAAGACUGCGAGUGGAAUAUUGUGGCAUAAAUUUAUCUUAUCCAAGAGAGAAGCAUCGUAUGUACAAGUCAGCUUUAUUUUUAAUUUGUAAUAUUUAAGUAAAUAAAAUGCAUGAAUGUUUUAAUAUUAA